GUUAUCUGCUUGCAAAGUUUGUCAGGCAGAGCAAGGGGAGCUCAACCAGCAGCAGUCAGCACAGCAGUCAGAGAGCAGCUGACACAUGGAAGGAACAUCAAACAGUCAGGACAAGCUAGAGCUUCUCGAACGCUGGGUAUAGUGGGGGGACUGAUACUUUGUUGCCAGUUCCUAGUGGUUGCUGGAGGGGAAGUUUGGAACGUUGAACAGCCCAGCCUCCAGCUGAUGGUUGAUGCAGACUGUGUGAGGAAGCCUGGCUGGAUGCAGCCUGCAGGACACGUCGGAUUUCCAGCUCUCUCACUCAGCACACGGGGGAUAGGGAUCCCUUGCUGGCUACUGGAGCCCAGGACCUACCUUCAGAACCACAACACACGUUUAUGUUUGCCCCGACUUAGCUUGGAUCUAGAGGAGAUCUGGAGGGCUUUCUCCCACCACCCCACAUACUUCUCAUCUCUGAGCACCUACCCACACUGACACUACCCCUCAGCCCAUCACCUUCAUGAGUUUGACUCAUCAGCAUACUGAACCCCUGUACACCUUUUUAUUCUUAUUUCGACAUUUGAAGUAGUAUAUAUUUUUUAAUAUUUUGAUUUUUUUCUACUUUGCAUUUUUUUUUUUUACAAUCUUUUGCACAUCUUCAGUUUUGUAAAGAAAUUUGUAUAUGUGUGUAUAUAGAAAUAUAUAUAUAUAUAUACAUAUAAAGCUAUUUUUGGGGGGCGUUUUUUGUGUUCUGUUAUUUUGAUUUUUUUUUUUUAACUGAUAGGAUUUAAAAAAAAAAAAAAAGGACCCAUCAGAAAAUGCACUACUAUUUCCUAAGCGUGUUCUUUAUCCUGGACCUGGCCACGGUGACUCUCAGCCUGUCUACCUGCAGCGCCCUGGACAUGGAUCAGUUCAUGAGGAAGAGGAUCGAGGCGAUCAGAGGACAGAUUCUGAGCAAACUCAAGCUCAACAGCCCCCCAGAGGAUUACCCUGAACCCGAGGAGGUCUCCCAGGAUGUCAUCGCCAUUUAUAACAGCACCAGGGACCUGCUACAGGACAAAGCCAACCAGAGAGCCAGCUCCUGCGAGAAGGAGAGGAAUGACGAAUACUAUGCCAGGGAGGUGUACAAAAUAGACAUGCUGCCUUAUUACCCCUCUGAAAAUGUCAUCCCACCAAACUAUUACAGUCCUUACUUCCGUAUUGUAAGGUUCGACGUCUCUGCGAUGGAGAAAAAUGCUUCUAACUUGAUGAAGGCAGAAUUUAGAGUAUUUCGUUUACAAAAUUCAAAGGCACGGGUCUCGGAGCAACGAAUAGAACUUUAUCAGAUCCUCAAAUCCAAAGAUUUAACGUCACCGACACAACGCUACAUUGACAGCAAAGUUGUAAAAACCAGAGCUGAGGGUGAAUGGUUAUCUUUUGAUGUCACAGAGGCAGUAACGGACUGGCUCCGCCAUAAAGACAGAAAUCUUGGAUUUAAAAUAAGUUUACAUUGUCCUUGCUGUACCUUUGUACCUUCAAAUAACUAUAUAAUUCCAAACAAGACUGAAGAAUUAGAAACUCGGUUUGCAGGCAUUGAUGACUCUUACACGUACCCUGGUACAAAGAAAAAGCAUGGCAGUCGUACACCUCAUCUUCUUCUGAUGUUGCUGCCUUCCUACAGACUUGAGUCGCAACAAUCGAGUCGGCGGAAGAAACGAGCUCUGGAUGCUGCCUAUUGCUUUAGGAAUAUCCAGGACAAUUGUUGUUUACGCCAGUUAUAUAUUGACUUUAAGAAGGACCUCGGAUGGAAAUGGAUACAUGAACCAAAAGGAUAUAAUGCAAAUUUUUGUGCUGGAGCCUGCCCUUAUUUGUGGAGUUUAGAUACCCAACAUACUCAGGUGCUUGGUUUAUACAACACAAUCAACCCAGAAGCAUCAGCCUCUCCGUGCUGCGUAUCGAAGGAUCUGGAAUCUCUGACAAUCUUGUACUACGUUGGAAAGACACCAAAAAUUGAACAGCUUUCAAACAUGAUUGUAAAAUCAUGCAAAUGCAGCUAGAAAUGGGCAUGAUGGGAAAAAAAAUAAAUAAAUAGGCCUUAUUUUUGAUCAGUGUUAAAAUGUUAAAAAUGCGGUACUAGUGUGAAUUGUUUGAAAGAUUUUUUUACAAAACUGGCAACAAAUGCAAAAUAUCGAAGGCUAAAGAUGGAUUUUCCACUGACUUUAGUCAUUGAGAGAGAUUUGGAGGGGAGACUGUCUUCUCCACACUGCUAUAUAUUCCUGUGUUAAAGUGAGAUGUUUGGGUCAAAAUUUGUUUUCUGAACUUCUGCCAGGACAAGCCCAUGUCAAGAAUUUAAUUACGAUAUCAUCUGACCUGCCCUGUUCUGGUACUUAUCUGGACAUAAAGUGAGACAUUUUAGUCAUCUUUAUCUGCAGUAAAAUCUAAAUAUACAUUUCCCACUUUUUUAAUUUUUUUUUUCUUUAUUUGAAAGAUGGAGGCAAAAAUACAAACAGAUGAACAAAUAGAUAAAAUAAUAACUGUAGAUAUAGACAGGACAUUUUGCCUCAUGUAGAAAUGCAGACACAUUUAUAGAAUACAAUGCCUCUAAUUUCUGUAAGAAUCUUUUUUUUCCACAGUGUAGAGACAUUUAUUUAAAAAAUAGAAAUAAACACUGGAAGAAUUUGUUAGUGUUAUUAUGUGAAAGGAAAAAAACAGGAAUAUCCCUCUUUAUUGGAGUUGCUGUAUCUGUCCGAUUUCUUUUUUUUUUUUUCUUUCUCUCUCUCUCUUGCUCUAGUUCUGCCAUUGGGCAUUCUACCCAUUCCUCUAAUCUUAGUGUUGACAGACAUUAUUUAUUUGUGUGGUAUUAAGAAACAAUAUAUAUAUUUUUUUUUUACCAUGGGCUAUGUAGAAAAACAAAGACCAAAUAAACAGCUCAAAGUAAAUUUAAUAUUAAAUGAUGUAGAGUGAUAAUUUAAACAACAAAUAGUACCGUAUUCAAGAGUAUUUUUGCAGAAAGAUUAAAAAUUACUUCUGGUACCGUAACAUAGCUAUUGGCAAAAAGAGAGGUUCCAUCGUUAAAUAAAAAGUUCCACAGAAGCAUAGCAUUUUUAUGUACCAUGGAGAAAAGAAUUAUCCUGAAUACUCAUAUAAUGAUAGGGUCAAGGUUGUCAUGGUAUUUUAUUAAUGAAUACAAUUUUGUUGGUGAGGCACUGUUUUUUUUUAAUUAAUUAUGGCAUUACAUACAGUUAGAUUGGGAGGUGCAUGCACUCCCUUUCCCCCAAAAUAUGAUAUGGCAUUUUAUAUAUCACUAAAAACAAUUAUUGUAUCCUUUCCCUAAAAAGAGCUGCUGUUUGUGAUUGUCUUCCGGUGCCUCAUUUUCUAAACAACAAUCGAACACAUUUUUGGAUGCAUUUUGACUGAUAUUGUGUGUGUAAUGUUAACUGAUUAAUACUCAGAACAUCUAUAGUUCUCUUGUAAAUAAAAAUAAAAUAAAUGCGAAUUCAGCUGCCAGAAUAUUUUUUUAAUAUCUUUCAUACAAAAAAACCCACAAAAAUAAAAAAAAAAUGUCUGAUAAUCCGAGGCAUUUAUUUGGAUUUUUUUUUUUAACUGCAAAUCUCAUUUAAUAAACCAGUUAAUUAUUUAAUAUCUACUGGUCUUAUCAAUGGACCUAACCACGAUUCUGUAUAGCCGUACUAUGUUUGUCUUAAGUAUAUGUAAUUAUACCAAUAGUAUUUCAAAUAGAUGGGUAGAAAAGCCAGCUUUAUUUGGAAACAGUUCUGUAGGUCUAUAUGUUAAACAUAAAAUCAUUAUGUAAUAUGUACAAUUUCACCUUAUUUUUAUAUAUUCUGUAAAAUUAUCUGCUAUGAUAAUUUUAUUUUUAUUUGAAUAUAGGGCUCUUUUCGAUCACUCAGAAUUACAUGUUUCCCUCUAGCUGGCCAGUAUGAGUUGAGUCCUAUACAAUGACUUGCACUACAAAUACAUGUUUUAUAUUAUUCAGAUCGUGUUCAUACAUAUACCAUAAGCUACCUGACUAUGUGUUUUUCACUAGGUUGAUUUAAUUGAUAAUCUACAAGCAUGCUUCUAACAUAGUUCCGCAAAUCUGACUUUCGAAUACAUUUUAAAUUUUUGCAGUCAAGGUUUAACCUUUUUAUCUGUCGAAAGCUUAAGCACUAUAUCGUGCUUCAAUGUGGCACUCAGUUGAUUUAAUCAAGUUAUUUACUAAAGAGUACAUUAAGGUGAGCUGACAACUAAGUUGCAAAAUCAAGACCAGAAUACUAAGAUAAAAAAAGCGCUUACUUUGAGCUCAAAAUAUUUUUUUCGUUAGUUAAUUUGGUCUAAAUUUUCCAACUUAAUCCUAAAUUUGAAAGACCGUUUUCAACACACCUCAACUGAUUAUGUAAGGAAUAAACAAUUAAUUGCAUGAAUUAUGCCUUUACUAAUGAAAAAAAAAAUUAACUGUGUACAUUUUAGUGCUUUUGAAGUUUCACUUUUUGUAGGAUAUUCAGUUUUAUAUAUUCUUUGUAAAGUUCAGAUAAAUUAUUAAUUUGGCUUAAUCAUAAAUCGUUCUAUAAGUUAAGACUCUUUUUUUUUUUUAAUACCAAUUUACUUUUGGCUGUCUGUACUCUGCAACCAUGUCAUAGCAAAUUAACGCAAAUACUGUAUCAACUCAACAAUAUAGUCUACAGUAUUACAGUGGUAUUUAAAAGCUAUUUGUUGUUAUGCAAUUCUAUGUGUUGUCAUACAACCUCUCCGCAGUAUAUACAACUUAAAUUUGCAAAUUGACAUUUUCUUAAAACAUUUGUAAACCAAGAGAUAUUAUCAGUAUCAAUUGGACGUUGCAAAUACAAAUUGUUGUCAUUUACAUAAUUUACCACCUGUACCAAGAAUACUAAAAUAAUAGAUUUGGGACAUUUUCUUCCGUUCGUUGUAAUCCACUUACUGGAUAUUUGAAAAUUUACAUUCUAAACAUUGUCAGGUCAUUUUACUAUUUACUGGAAAAGCCAUUUUAUCAGAAAUAAUUAGUUCUUCUCAAAUGUCAGAAAAAAAGAUCAAUGAUAUUUAUGUUUUUGGCUCACGAGAUGACUUUUGAAUGUUACUCAAUACUUUUGGCAAAUGGUUCCUUUUGGUGUAACUGCAGAGUUUACAAGGUAAAGGUAGAGAGAACAGCUACCAUGGGGCUUGCAGCCAUAACACUUCUGACUAUGGUAGAAAUGUUAGGCCUGGGAUCCAAGAUGGAGAUGAUCACAUAUUUUAACCUAAGAGAAAGAGAGGGAGACAAGCAAUCGGGAUCCCCAGCCUUUAUUAUUUAACAACAAAACGGUGUGAGCUAUUAUAGACAUAACAUUUGACCAGGGAGGCCUGAUAAAUGGCCUUCCGUCUUUCACCCCUUUGCUAACAUACUUGUAUACUCCACCAGCCAGGCCCCUACCCAGUUUAAUGUUACUCUCUAAACUACUAUACACAAGGUAAAGGAAGACGUAGAAACAUGUUAGGCAUCUAACUGCUCAACUACUCUCUCGCAUGGGUUGAGAAAGAAGGGAUGCAUUCCUUUGGCCUCUCCAGGCUAAUAAUGGGGUCUAAGCAACUCUGUUUUUUAAA